CCACAAGAGAGCAAGCAAGCAAGUACCAGACAUAGCCUAGUCAUUCACACCUAGCAGCAGCCAUGCGUUCCAUCCAGCAAGAAGAGACACUCGAGAUCCCCGCAGGAGUCACCGUCGACAUCAAGGCCCGCAUCAUCAAGGUGACGGGCCCCCGCGGCGAGCUCAACAAGAACUUGCAGCACAUCUCCAUGAUCAUCCGCAAGGUCUCAGAGACGCAAAUCUCCUUCAAGGUCUACCACGGUGACCGAAAGGGAAAUGCUUGCUUGCGUACCGUCCGUUCCCUCAUCAACAACAUGAUUACGGGUGUUACAAAGGGAUUCCGUUACAAGCUGCGUUACGUCUAUGCCCAUUUCCCCAUCAAUGUCAAUGUUGUUGAGGACAAUGUCGUGGAGAUUCGCAACUUUUUGGGUGAAAAGGUCAUCCGCAAGGUGCCGAUGCUCGAGGGUGUGACGGUCGACUUUUCAAAGAACGUCAAGGAUGAGAUUGUCCUUGAGGGCAACUCCAUUGAGAAUGUCUCACAGUCGGCUGCAUCGAUCCAACAGUCAUGUGCCGUCAAGAACAAGGAUAUCCGAAAGUUCCUCGAUGGUAUCUACGUGUCUGAGCGUGGUGCGAUCCAGACCGAGUAAAUCUUUGCUCUUCCUCUGCAUCCAGCAUUUAUCGCAUCUUCUUUUCUACAAAAGCAGCACUCCUAGCGUCUCUAUAGCGCACCCUCUUGUCUGUGAGUUCUCCGGAGCACACAGACAGCCCUGCCGUCAGGUCAUGGUUCUCUCUUGUGCAUUCACUUGCACUUGACUUGACCGGCAGCUUGACUCUUGCAUUGCGAGUAUCUAAAUGAUCGUCCGCAAGAGCUCAUCCUUCCUCUCCUCUUCUGUGCAUGUCUGAUCCGCUCCACUCAUUGACUCCAUCUAUGUGCUUGCUGAUGCCUGCUGA